AUGGCUCUGACAAUUCACGCAACAAGUGGAAACAAAAAUGUUUUCAAAGCAUUGAUUGCUGCGGAGUACAGUGAUGUCAAAGUAGAGUUGGCAAAGGAUUUUCAGAUGGGAGUUACCAACAAGACUCCCGAGUUCCUGAAAAUGAACCCCCUUGGGAAGAUUCCUGUUCUUGAAACUCCCGAGGGGCCUGUGUUCGAGAGUAAUGCUAUUGCUCGUUAUGUUACAAAGUUGAAGGCUGAUAAUCCUCUUUUUGGCUCAACUCUCAUUGAAUAUGGCCAAAUUGAACAAUGGAUUGAUUUUGCUACCACUGAGAUUGAUGCUAACACAGGUCGAUGGCUAUAUCCCCGGCUUGGUUAUCAAGUUUACCUUCCUCCGGCUGAGGAAGCUGCAAUCUCUGCGUUGAAAAGGGCACUUGGGGCUUUGAAUACCCAUCUCGCUUCUCACACUUUCUUGGUUGGAGACACUGUCACAUUGGCUGAUGUUAUCAUGACUUGCAACUUGUUUUUGGGAUUUAGAAGUGUCUUCACCAAGGCCUUUACAUCCGAGUUCCCUCAUGUUGAGAGAUACUUUUGGACUUUGGUCAACCAGCCAAAAUUUCAGAAGAUUAUUGGAAAAGUUGAACAAGCUACUGCUGUUCCACCUGUUGCAUCCAAAAAGCCAGCUCAGCCUAAAGAAUCUGCCAAGCCCAAGGCCAAAGAAGAACCAAAGAAACCUGCCAAGAAAGAAGAGCCAAAGCCUAAGGAUGAUGUAGAGGAAGAAGAGGAAGCAGCACCCAAGCCAAAGGCAAAGAAUCCAUUGGACCUUUUGCCUCCUAGCAAGAUGAUACUGGAUGAAUGGAAGAGACUUUACUCCAACACUAAGAGUAACUUCCGCGAGGUUGCCAUCAAGGGAUUUUGGGAUAUGUAUGAUCCUGAGGGAUACUCACUUUGGUUUUGUGAUUACAAGUACAAUGAUGAGAACAUGGUCUCAUUCGUGACCAUGAACAAGGUUGGUGGUUUCUUGCAAAGGAUGGAUCUUGCACGCAAAUAUGCAUUUGGGAAGAUGUUGGUGAUUGGUUCAGAGCCUCCAUUCAAGGUCAAGGGUUUGUGGCUUUUCCGUGGUAAAGAGAUCCCAAAAUUCGUGAUGGAUGAGUGUUACGACAUGGAGUUGUAUGAGUGGAAGGAGGUUGACAUCAACGAUGAGGCACAGAAAGAGCGUGUGAAUCAGAUGAUUGAGGAUGCUGAGCCUUUCGAGGGUGAAGCUCUAUUGGAUGCCAAGUGCUUCAAGUAA